CUUAGGAUUGCUCUGCCUGCCGGCUCCCCUUGCGGACGACGAUCCUUCUCCGCCAUGGGGGUUCUGUGAGCCCCAGGAGUCUGCUUGAGGCCUGGCUGCCAGUGCUGCCCUUCCCAGACCAUGUGGCGGUCAAUCCUCCAAUGCCCGCCCCUCUUCCCCUUUCUGCAAGUGCCUGAGGCAACUGUCGGCUGGGAGGUGCGCCUGGCCCUGUGGAUUCUCAGCUUUGCCUCGUCGGUGGUGCAGAUGGAGAGCCAGGUGUACUCACCCACCGUCAACACGCACUACGGGAAGCUCCGUGGAGUGCGGGUGCCGCUGCCCAGCGAAAUCCUGGGCCCCGUGGACCAGUACCUGGGGGUGCCCUAUGCAGCGCCUCCUGUUGGGGACAAGCGGUUCAUGCCCCCGGAGCCGCCAUCCUCCUGGUCAGGGAUACGGAACGCCACCCACUUCUCCCCAGUGUGUCCGCAGAACAUCCACACGGCCGUGCCCGAGAUCAUGCUGCCCAUCUGGUUCACGUCCAACCUGGAUUUUGUAGCCACCUACAUCCAAGAUCCAAAUGAGGACUGCCUGUAUCUCAACAUCUACAUCCCGACGGAGGAUGUAAAACGGAUUUCCAAGGAAUGCGCCAGAAAGCCCAACAAGAAAAUAUGUAGGAAAGGAGGCUCCAGCGCUAAGAAACAGGGCGAGGACUUAGCGGAUAAUGACGGGGAUGAAGAUGAAGACAUCCGAGACAGCGGAGCCAAGCCGGUAAUGGUGUACAUCCACGGUGGCUCGUACAUGGAAGGGACCGGCAACAUGAUUGACGGCAGCGUGCUGGCCAGCUAUGGGAACGUCAUCGUCAUCACCCUCAACUACCGUGUCGGAGUACUGGGGUUCCUGAGUACUGGGGACCAGGCUGCCAAGGGCAACUACGGGCUGCUUGACCAGAUCCAGGCACUGCGUUGGAUCAGUGAAAACAUUGUCUUCUUUGGUGGCGACCCCUUGCGUAUCACUGUCUUCGGCUCAGGCAUCGGCGCCUCCUGUGUUAGCUUGCUCACCCUGUCUCACCACUCUGAAGGCCUUUUCCAGAGAGCCAUUAUUCAGAGUGGCUCAGCGCUGUCAAGCUGGGCUGUCAACUACCAACCUGUGAAAUACACCAGCUUGCUGGCCGACAAGGUGGGCUGCAAUGUCCUGGACACAGUGGACAUGGUGGACUGCUUGCGGAAGAAGAGCGCCAAGGAACUAGUGGAGCAGGACAUCCAGCCGGCACGCUACCAUGUGGCCUUCGGGCCCGUCAUUGAUGGGGACGUCAUCCCAGAUGACCCGGAAAUCCUGAUGGAGCAAGGCGAGUUCCUCAACUAUGACAUCAUGCUGGGCGUUAACCAGGGCGAGGGCCUCAAGUUUGUUGAGUCGGUAGUAGAUCAAGAGAAUGGGGUCUCAGGCAGCGAUUUUGACUAUUCUGUUUCCAACUUCGUGGACAACCUGUACGGCUACCCUGAGGGCAAAGACACUCUGCGCGAGACCAUCAAGUUCAUGUACACUGACUGGGCUGACCGGGACAACCCUGAGACACGCCGCAAGACACUAGUGGCUCUCUUCACUGACCACCAGUGGGUGGAGCCAUCAGUGGUGACCGCCGAUCUCCACGCCCGCUAUGGCUCCCCCACUUACUUCUACGCCUUUUAUCACCACUGCCAGAGCAUAAUGAAACCAGCCUGGUCUGACGCUGCCCAUGGGGAUGAGGUGCCUUACGUCUUUGGGAUUCCCAUGAUCGGCCCCACCGACCUCUUUCCCUGCAACUUCUCCAAGAAUGACGUCAUGCUGAGUGCUGUGGUCAUGACCUACUGGACUAACUUUGCCAAGACAGGGGACCCAAACAAGCCCGUGCCCCAAGACACCAAAUUCAUCCACACGAAGGCCAACCGCUUUGAAGAAGUGGCUUGGUCCAAAUACAACCCCCGUGACCAGCUCUACCUGCACAUCGGCCUCAAGCCACGGGUGCGCGACCACUACCGGGCUACCAAGGUUGCCUUCUGGAAGCACCUGGUCCCACACCUGUACAACCUGCAUGACAUGUUUCAUUACACAUCGACCACCACCAAGGUGCCGCCACCCGACACCACCCAGAACUCACACAUCACGCGCCGGCCCAACGGCAAGACUUGGAGCACCAAGCGGCCAGCCAUCUCCACCGCCUACACCAGUGAGGGCUCCCAGGAGAAGUGGAAUCCGGAGCAGGAUGGCGCGGGCACACUGCUGGUUGAGAACCCCCGCGACUAUUCGACGGAGCUCAGUGUCACCAUUGCCGUGGGGGCCUCACUUCUCUUCCUCAACGUCUUGGCCUUUGCCGCGCUGUACUACCGCAAGGACAAACGGCGACAGGACACCCACCGCCAGCCCAGCCCGCAGCGUGCCACCACCAACAAUGACAUUGGCCACACGCCAGAGGAGGAGAUGCCCUCGCUGCAGGCUAACCAGACACACCACGGGGACUGUGAGGCCGUGCCGCCCCACGACGCCCUCCGCCUCACCGCCUUGCCCGACUAUACGCUCACGCUGCGCCGCUCCCCGGACGACAUUCCACUAAUGACGCCCAACACGAUCACCAUGAUCCCCAACUCCCUGGUGGGCUUGCAGACCUUGCACCCUUACAACACCUUUGCUGCCAGCUUCAGCAAUACCGGGCUCCCACACUCACACUCCACAACGCGGGUAUAGCUGCACCCCAAGCACCCCGCAGUCCC